GGAGGGGUUGUCAACUUCGCAAGCUUCGAUGUUGAAGCUUCAAGUUUCUAAAGUCUCCAAAGUACCUACACUUUCCCUGUGAAUUGGCCAUAUCAUAUACAACAUGGCAAAGGACAAGAAAUCCAAAGGAGAUUCCAAGAAAGCAAAACUUGCCGAAAAGAAGCAGAAACAGGAGAAGAAAGCCCAAAAGAAAGAAAAGGCCAAAGCCUCAAAAGUCGAAGGAAGUGAUGCUGAAGACGUGGAUCUAGAUGCUGUUCUGGCUGAAUACAGAAAGGCCCAAGAAGAAUUCGUCAAAGUCACCGAAGUGGUCUCUGAGGUUCCUCCUAAACCUCGUGCUUCUUCAACCUUUAUAGCUUCACCUUCAAAUAGCAACCAACUAUUGUUAUUUGGUGGAGAGACUUGGAAUGGCGCUUUGGCUAAUUUCUUCAACGAUCUGAAUAUCUACUACACAGAUAGGGAUGAAUGGCAUUGCGUGACCUCUCCAAAUGCGCCCCUUCCACGGUCUGGUCAUGCUUGGUGUAGAGGAGGGAACCAGAAAGACUCCAUUUUCUUAUUUGGCGGCGAAUUUAGCAGUCCCAAGCAAGGCACAUUCUAUCAUUAUAAUGACUUUUGGAGACUUGAGCCUAGUACCCGCGAAUGGACACGCAUAGACACCAAGGGAAAGAGUCCUCCAGCAAGAAGUGGUCAUCGUAUGACUUAUUAUAAGAACUAUAUCAUUCUCUUUGGUGGUUUCCAAGAUACAUCAAAUCAAACCAAGUAUAUGAACGAUCUUUGGCUUUACGAUACUCAGAACUUCUUCUGGCACACCCCCACACUUCCACCUGCGCAACUAAAGCCGGAUGCCAGGUCAUCUUUUACCUUCCUCCCACACGAACAAGGUGCUAUACUAUUUGGUGGCUAUUCUAGAGUGAAGGCAACUAUAUCAGCGAACAAGUCAGCUAAAGGCGCAUCUCAGGGUCAAAGGAAUAUUCUCAAACCCAUGGUACAUGAAGACUGUUUUUACCUGAGAAUUACCCAGCCUCCUACAGAUUCUGCGCCGAAUACGCCUCCGAAUGUAAGAUGGGAGAGACGGAAGAAGCCGGCGAACUCUCCCAGCCCUCCCCGUGUUGGGGUAACCAUGACUUAUCACAAAGGACGUGGCAUUUUCUUCGGUGGAGUUCAUGACGUAGAGCACAGCGAGGAGGGAAUAGACAGCGAGUUCUUCAAUCAGCUUUACGCAUGGAACAUAGAGAGGAAUAGGUUUUUUCCAUUGACACUUCGUAAGCCCAGAGUGCAAAAGAAGGUUCCCGUAUCUGAGCAGAGAGUUGGUCGACGCGGUAGAGCUCAGGCGAAUGAAGAAGAGCUGUUGAAGCAGCUUGCAGCCCUACAGGCAGGGUCAUCUUUGGAAGAUGCAGAUGCCAUGGACAUCGAGAUCAAAGCCGAGAAGGAGACAGAAGAACCAGAAAAGCCGGCACGGGAGAUGCCUGUGACUAUGGAACUCCCACACCCACGAUUUAAUGCUCAGUUAGCUGUACAGGAUGAUGUUCUGUACAUAUACGGCGGUACUUACGAGGCGAAAGACAGAGAAUAUACGUUUGACGAUCUAUAUGCUAUUGACCUUGGCAAGAUGGAUGGCUGCAAGCAGAUUUUCAAGAGAGAGGAUGACACAUGGGUGGGCUCCGACGAUGAAGAAGACGACGAAGACGACGAAGAUGAGGAUGACGAGGAUGACGAGGAAGAUGAUGAGGGUGAUAUUGAAAUACCCGAUGAGAGUGAAGUGCUUGUUUCUCAAAGCAAGCGAAAGAAGAAGCAGGUGGAUGAGGUGUCAAUACCCGACACGGCGUCUACUGUAGACUCCUCCAUAGGAGACGAAGAGUCAGAAGCCGACACGGUAGCAACUACUGUUGACGACGGAUUACCACACCCUCGGCCUUUCGAGUCCCGCCGAGACUUCUUCGUGCGGACCUCCAACGAAUGGCAGGAAAUUCUCAUGACAAGCUUGAGGUGGAAGGGCAUCCAACCGGAGAGCUUGACGGUCAAGGAGAUCAAAUCGAAAGCAUUUGAGCUGAGCGAGGAGAAGUGGUGGGACUGCCGAGAGGAGAUCACUGCAUUGGAAGAUGAGCAGGAGGCUGCUGGUAUUGGUGAAGUUGUAUCUCUGGCUGACAAAGGCGAGUCGGGGGUUGGCGGUCCUGGGCGGAGGAGAUGAUGGGUUAUAUAUGCUUAGGUGCCUACUGCAUAUGAACCGAAUCAUCAAUGCAUAUAUGACUAUAUGAAACGACAAAUCAUUUUGUAUGUCGGAAUAUACAACACCUUAUGAAUGCAUGUUAGUAGAGAAGUAUUGCAGCUAUACCUAGUACUAGGUAGUAAGGGGGUGGUGUUGCUAUGUAUUGUACUACUACCUUGUAACUAGUAGUACCUAACAGUGUGUAAAUCCCCUAAACAGUCGGUAACUACAGCGCGGGGAGCUCUAAAACCCGGCCCGGCUCCAGGCUUAUAUGUACCGCCUAGUACCUACACAUCCCGGUGCCA